AGCCUCAAGUGCCCCAUUAAUCGACACUUGUCGUAGAGCUGUCUCGGAAGUCAGUGCGGUUAAUAAAUCGUUCUCAUAUUCAAAUCAAUCGGAAGACCAAGCUUAGUGAAAUGACCCAGGAUCGUCUGAGAAGGAAGAGUGGCGGAUUUGGGCCAACACCUGAAUCUUGUCCCCCCCAGGAGAACGGUGGACACCACCAAUAAUUGGACAGGCGUAAAACCCCGGAAAAUCGGACCAGUAUCAUCAGUCGACUGGCAGAUCCACCCCAAAGUGACGAAGACAUGGUAGCAGGUCUUCAGAUGGAAACUGAUUUCGCAGACCAUUCUGUAUUACCAGCGAUUCCUUCAUCGGAUUCGACAAAUUGUUCCCCGAGGACUUUAGAUCAUGAAUCUCAAAAAGUCAAUGAAGUCGUGAUGGAAUGCAGCAGGCCGUCAAGAGCCAUCACGGAUUCUGUGCUGGUACGAAUACCAGAUCCAGAAAGAGAUCCAAGACCUCACUGGUCCUCAUUGAUGGACAGAAAAGGAGUUGUCGAAUUGGCAACAUCGAUGAAUGGAGUAUUACUUCACCAGUCUGCCAGAUUUCACCAGGGCCACGAACGUUUUCCGGUAGAGCGCAGAAAUUCCCAGUGCACAGCAAAUGCGGUGGUGGCGAUAGCAGUGUUACUUGGAUCCCAAGUUAAUGUUACACGAGAUCUUCUGGAUCAGAUCUUGAUAGAUGGUGACAGACUUUAUGUCGACUCACGAACUGAGAGAAACAUUGUCUAUCAACAUCUAUCACCAGAAGAUCUCCAAAACAGAUUCACGGCAUGUGGUCAGGCGUUUACCAUCGGUGUUUAUUUCAAUUCUCAGGGGUUUCUGUCUUCAGAAACUACCCUACACUAGUUCACUGAAAGUAUCUCGUCAAAUGCCGCUGUUUAUCAGCACGAACUUGAGCGUACAGGGUUUUUAUAUAUUUCGGAAGGCAAAACGGUUGCGUAUAUCAUUUCUCCACAAAAUCCCAAUUGUACUCGCCAAUAUUUUUAUUUGUUCAAUCCACAUGCAGUGGACAACAAUAAUCAUUUCCCUCGAAUUGCCAGAAAAGGAGCCGCGAGAUUAUUCCGAUGCCUGUCAGCGAAUGCCCUGGCUCAGCUUCUGCUGACCCAAAAUUAUGCCAGAAGGAAUGGAUGGCAAAUGUAUAGAAUUAAAAUUGAAAACAGUACGAAAUAGUAUAUUUAGUAACGGACCUGAAUAAGGUUUUUUUAGCAAUGGUUAAACAUACUAUUUUUAAUAAAGUUCAUAUUAUAAUUUAUGAAAUGUGUAACACGAGGUUUUUUAAUUAUCAUUUUUCAAAUUUUUUGGCACGGUAAAAGGUUUGUUGUGGGAGAACUUAUUUAUUUAUAAGCGGCGGUUUUUCUAUUGAAAAACUGUAGAUUAGGGGAUGAAAUUUAAUUCCCCAACGAAUGCCGUUGGUUUCAUCCCUUAAUAUUAAUUAGGGGAGAAGUUAUGAAUUUGUAAGUGGCGAGUCGGCAAUUGGAGAGUGAAAUCUCCAUGAUUUUCACCCUUUUCGGCAUGUUUCCCGCCGUGUUCCUUUUAAAAUAAUGAAGAUUCAGGGUUGAAAUGCUCUCCAGGAGAUUGAGUGAUAACUGGAUGCAGUAGUAAGCUACAUAUUUUUAAUAAUUGUUUAGUAAACUUGGUAGAUCCCUUUAAAAUAAUAUCGCUCUUUAGCGCCCUUCCAUCAUGUUUUCUCUUUUUUUUUCAUUAUUUUUCAUGUCCAUUCAAGUGGUUCCCACAACGCAAAAUUAGUCCCAAACGUUAAUGUAUUUUAAGUUAAAAAGAUAAAAUUUUUCCAAAAGUUGACGUUCGUUAGAUAGUCCACGCCUUGGUCUUAAUUUAUAUUGUUUUUGUGGCGAUGUCGAAUGGAUCUUUAUGACGAAUUAAAUUAAAUAUUUGUUUAUAUAUACAUAUAUUAUAUUAUAUCCUUACAUAUUAAUGAAACAAGGCAGAAAUAACGGAAUGCAAUAAUUAUCUUAAUUUUAAUUUUAUUGAAAAUUUUAUAUUUUAAUAUAACCUCAAGUCUAAAAGCGUAUAAUCAUG